CUCCUUGUUUACAGGAAAGACUAGUCCAGUCAAGCCCCGCCCCUCGUCCUAAAUCUUGUCCAAUCGUCAGUCUCCUUUGAGCUGGAAACGUCAGAUCGCCAUGUUACAGUAAAAAGUCCUACUGGAGCCAGCGGAGAAUUCUAUAACUAGGGGCUUCCGCGGAAUUCCUGGCCUCAGCUCUACUGCGGAGAUCGCAUGAUCAGCCGUCCCUAAAGAGCAGAGAGCAUGGAGUUCCAGGUGAAUUUGUGUGUGAAUUAUAAUGGAGAAUCCCAAAACUUUCUGGUUUCUGACUCUGAAAAUACAACUUGGGCUGAUGUAGAGACAAUGGUGUGUGUCUCUUAUGAUCUAAAUGGCAUCCAAAUCAAAUACAUAGAUGAGGAUAACGAAGAGGUGUCUGUGAACAGUCAAGGGGAAUAUGAAGAAGCUCUAAAGAUUGCAGUGAAGCAGGGAGGACUUCUGCAAAUGAAUAUCUAUGACAAGCCUGGCAAGUGUGAAGAGCCUCCAAGUUUUGCACAGCUGAAUAAACCAUUGGAGCCCAAAAGCGUUUCUGCUGGCAGAAAUGGGAAGAGAACAUUAGGGCAGUACUCUUUGCUGGCAGGGACAGUGGGGCAAGUGGAGGAGAUUGCAGCGAAGCGAGGAGGACUUCCACAGAUAAACCCAAAUGACACACAACAGCCUGGCAAGAGUGAAGAGCCUUCAAGUUUUGAGGAACUGAAUACACCGUUGCCAAAAAGCUGUCCUGCCCUCAGAAAUGGGAAGAGACCACUGGAGCAUUAUUCCAUUCUUGCAAGGGCGGUGGGGCAAGAGAUGCAAAGGGAACAAGCUUCCAGUAAAGCAGCGGAGCAGCCAACUGUGACCAAGGAAUCAACUGUCAUCCCUCCAGACUGGUUUGCCAUCUAUAUGCAAAAAUUUAAGGAACAAAUCAUACUGGAAACAGUCGAAAGGGUCACCCAAUCUCUAAGAGAGAACUCCAUGUCCAACGCCAGCAGCUAUUCAUUGGCAGUUAAAGAAGCAGGAAGUACGGCUCUUCCUGACGACCUGUAUGACUGGCAUCUGGUCUGCAGCAUCUGUAAACAAAAGAUAAUCGGUAUACGCUAUCAGUGCAGCACCUGUGAAUCCUUUAGCAUCUGCGAGCGCUGUGAGGCCGAAGGCUGUGACCAUGACCCCAACCACCUAUACUUCAAAAUGCGGAGACCAGUAGAGGCCAGGACUGAAGGGCCGCUUGCUUUCCUUGCUUCCCCUAAAGAACAAUUCAGAAUUCCCAUGCAGCCAUGCGCACAGAUCAUCCCCACUGUCAGUGCCAUCUUUGUGGAUGAAAACUUACCCGAUGGAACACAUCUUCAGCCAGGGACUAAGUUUAUAAAACACUGGAGGAUGAAGAACAAUGGGAAUGUUAAGUGGAGUUUGGAUACUAAGCUGACGUUCAUGUGGGGAAACCUGACAUUAGCACCCCCUUCAUGCAAGGAAGCUCCAGUCCCUUCCCUGCACCCUAAUGAGGUGGGAGUUUUGUCUGUAGACUUUAUUGCCCCGGCACUGGAGGGGACCUACACCUCCCACUGGCGCCUGUCCCAUAAGGGAGAACACUUUGGACCUCGAGUUUGGUGCAGCAUCAUUGUGGAUACCAUAGCAUGUAAUGAUAUUCUGGACCCUGCAGUGAAAGACCUAUCUUCCAGGGGGAUUGGGCAACAGAAUGGAUACUUGCUGAUCCAAGACGUGGCCAGGGCCCCCACUCCUGAGCCAAUCAGGAAUAUGAACUGUGACAGACAGCUGUACAUUCCAUCUGUGGAUCUUCUUACUGCUCAGGAUUUGCUUUCAUUUGAGUUGCUGGAUAUAAACAUUGUCCAAGAACUGGAACAUGUUCCUCAUAAUACUCCCAUUGAUAUGACUCCGUGCAUGUCUCCUCUGACACACGAUGGACCAUUAAUUGAGAAUACAGGUUUGGGACAAACAGUUGAAGAGAGUAAAAUGACUUUGCAAAAGACAGAUAAUAGACUAAGUAAGUUUCUCGAUAACAAAGAAAACACUGCGGCACAGGAUGAAGAAGAAAUCAGCGGAACCCAGUUUGUGUGUGAAACAGUAAUACGCAGUCUCACGCUAGAUGCAGCCCCGGAUUACAACCUACCUCAAAGGAAGCCCUCGCCCCACAGUUCCCUGCAGUCUUUGGCUCAUACAAAUCGUGACUACAGCAUAAAGCAUGAAAAGACUUUGACCCAGAGUUCCUCUGCAUCCAGUUUCUCAAAACCUGUAGAACAUAAGAAUGUGGAUGUUGGAAACCAACAGAAGACACUUCCCACAGAGCCGUGUCCAGUAGAUUUAUAUGAAGAUGAACAAAACAUGAAAGAAAAUGCUCACGAUGAAACAGGUAGCCAGGGAUCAUGGGAGUCCACGGAGGACUACAUCAUUAUCCUUCCGGAGUGCUUUGACACAAGCCGCCCAUUGGAAGAGUCCAUGUACAACUCAGCACUUUCUGAGACAGGAGGUGACACAGAGACAAAGGCCGAGGCAAGGGAAGGUGAUAGACAUCAGUCCCAGAGUCACAGCAUCAAUGAAAUCCUCACAAUAUCACAGACCUUAGAUACUGUGCCACUCAUCCCAGAAGUGAUGAGACCCUCACCCCAAACAAGGGCACCGCAGGAGGUACAAGGAGCGGCUCUGUCUGUCACAACAGAAGCUGAACCUGCAAGCAUCAUGCAAUCAGUUCCUGAGCAAAAGAACCAAGAUUCUUCAGAUGAAAACACAUCAGCCUUAGAGCCUACAGCUUGUGCCCCAGCACACAAUCAACAGACUGAUCACGCAAGACAACUCACCAGUGUCAGCAUUGCCGGGGGUCUUGUGAAAGGUGCCCUAUCUGUUGCUGCUUCUGCUUAUAAGGCUUUAUUCUCUGGACAACCAGAGAUAAAUCUGCCAAGAAAUUCAGAAGAACAAGACAGAGCCAUGAUGGCUAUCCUCCUCGAGAUGGGAUUCUGUGACCGCCAACUCAACCAACGCCUGCUACACAAGCACAGCUACAACCUCAUGGACGUAGUGACCGAACUGAUCCAGAUCAACGACAACGAUUGGUACUCUGCUCGUUACUGAACUAGAGAAGAGAGCUUAGUUCUGCCCUUAGACAUUUUGAAGUAGAAAAAAAGCAGAUGUAUAAUGCGUUGCUAGCAAGACACAUCUUUUUAUUUGGCCCUAUAAUUUCCAUUAUAUUUCCAUUACUUUAGUUAAGAUUCUCUGGAAGAACAAUAUUUGCAUCAAAAAGAGUUUCCAGCUCUAUAGAUAAAUGUGCAAUGAGCAAGAAGUGCCCCUUUGGUGUUGGCUGACACGGGCUUGGUGUUAUCAGACUGAAUGGCUGAUACUGGAAUAAGGAGUAUCAAUACACAGUAUGUAAAUCAAGUCCUGAACUUAUUAGGAAGUAAUUCUAUUUCCUGAAGCAACAUUGAUUUAAAGGCUCAGAAUAUGAAUUUUCUCAGUAUACUAAGAGCUGCAAAGAUUUAAUUUAAGGGCAGUAAGUGGGAAAAUCCUGGCAAGAUCACAGAGAUUUUCAUGAAGCGGAAAAAUCUGCUUUUGAAAAAAACAAUGUUAUUUGUGAAUGAAUGUUUCUGUAAAUAGAUGUGGGGAAAAUGAUAAAUAACUAGAUGAAUACUGUAAACAGGGGCCACUUUUGGUGCACUCACCAGCAGAUGAAUAAAAUAUCUUUCACUCUAAA